AUGGAAUAUGAAGAUCGCAGCGAAAAAGUCAAAAAGGCUACACCCCAUGAAUUGGACAAGAAACAGAUGGAGCUCGCCAGGGCGAAGAUGAAGAAGCACACUGACGCCAGAGAGGUCGCAAGACAAGAAGAGAAGAACUGGGUGGAAUUUCGCAAGCUCCAGGUGCUGUACGAUUGUCGUCCAAAGUCCCGAGCUGCUUCACGAAGGGAAGAUGACUCAUUUCCUCGACGUCGUCGUGGUGUCUCGAUGGGAUUCGGCGAGCGCAAAGCGUAUUUUCUCGCGAUCCGACCGAAUCCUAAAUAUGCAACGUGGUUUGGUAAGCGAAAGAACUGGCAGGUGAAAGAAAAGAACAAUAAGAAACGCUCGAAAGAACAGCAAACAGAAGUGUUCUGUGUACCAGUGGGCGUGAAUGAGCGGACCCUGGCAGAAACGGUUCUAGAAGCCGAAGACGAGGAGAACGCAGCUGAGAAGAAAGGCAAUCAUGCUCUCAAACCCUCUGAAACAGGGAAUUCCGUUUUGGAUAAUUCCAGACUUGAGCUCGCAACUCGUGUUGGCUUUGUGCCUGCCAACCAGCAACAGGAGGAAGAAGAGCUCAAUGAAGAGGACUUGCCCAUAGACAGAGAACUGAUAGAAAAGGUAAUCGAUGCUCCUGAGUCAAAC